AUGGGACGUCGUAUUCGUGCUCAGCGUAAGGGACGCGGAAGUGUCUUCACUUCUCACAAUAAACACCGUAAAGGACCAGCUAAGCUUCGUGCUUUAGAUUAUUCUGAACGUGAAGGAUACAUUAAGGGAGUCGUUAAAGACAUCAUCCAUGAUCCAGGUCGUGGUGCCCCUCUUGCUGUUGUUCAUUUCCGUAAUCCAUACAAAUUCGAAACCAAAAAAGAAUUGAUGAUUGCAUCUGAAGGUAUGUACACAGGACAAUACAUCUAUUGUGGAAGAAAAGCUCAAAUGACAGUUGGUAAUGUUAUACCAAUUGGACAACUUCCAGAAGGUACAGCUAUCUGUAAUUUAGAAGAAAAAACCGGAGAUCGUGGUCGUCUUGCUAGAACCUCUGGUAAUUAUGCUGUUGUUGUUGCUCAUAAUCCAGAAACUAACAAAACUCGUAUUCGUUUACCAUCAGGAAUCAAAAAGGUCAUUCCAUCAGCUAACCGUGCUAUGAUCGGAAUUGUUGCUGGUGGUGGUCGUGUUGACAAACCAAUGCUUAAAGCUGGACGUUCCUUCCACAAAUAUAAGGCUAAGAGAAACUCAUGGCCAAAGGUUCGUGGUGUUGCUAUGAAUCCAGUAGAACAUCCACAUGGUGGUGGUAACCAUCAACAUAUUGGUCAUCCAUCUACAGUCAAAAGACAAACAUCAGCUGGUCGUAAGGUCGGUCUUAUUGCUGCUAGACGUACAGGAAGAAUUCGCGGAGGUAAACCAGAAAAGAAAUCUAAGGACGAUUCUGCUUAA